AUCACAAUCCCAAAAUCUCCAAUCCGAAGCUCGAGAAUAUCAAGUCAUCGUCGCCAAGCUUUACACUUUGUAGACAGGACAUCCAUUUUCAAUUCAAAGCGGCGACACGCAAGAGCCGGCCCUAUACACACAAUCAAACAUGAACACCACCAGAGCAACACAAUUGCUUCGCCUCAGCGCGACCCGCCAAACUCUCACACGGACAACACGGCGGAACCUAUCAAUCGAGCCCCAGACGCCCCCACCGCAACCACCCAAAGAGCCCUCCAAAGUCGGCGCCUUCUACAAAUCCUUCUCCGCACCCAUCCUAAAAUGCUUCCUCGGCGCGCUCUUCACAUACCAACUGGCGUACUUUGGGUGGAUGAAGCUUGAGACAAUAGAGGAGGCGCACGAAAAGAAGAGCGAAAUCAAGGGUCUGCAGGAGGAGUUGGCAGGCGCGAUAAAUAGCAAGAGGAGGGAAGCUGAAGGGAUGGUAGAUAGGGUUGGGGAGAAGGUUGGAGAGGUCAAGGACAAAAUGCUUGAAGGAACAGAGGGUGUAGGUGUUGCUGGGAGGGUGAAGAAGGGCGGGUGGUGGCCUUGGUGAGCAGACUGAAGCAGUCUUGUUGAAGAGAGGAGACGUGUGGAUUGUAAGAUGUGCGUGUACGGUAUGAAUAUGAC